GGCCACAUCUCGCAGAGUUGGCCACGUCGACAUAAUCAGGCAAACAUUGUCAGCUGACAGCAAAGGGUUUGUUAUGGAAGGUUGCUAAAAAUCCGCACAUAAUGCGCGAAAGUGAGGUGGUAUUGAGACGUCCAGACUAGCAAAAACCUACUAUCUGUAUAAAUCGACACCAGAAGAAUAAGUAGGACGUAAUAAAACUUUAAAUUUCGAAUAUCGGGACAACUUUAUCCAUCUCACAAAAUGGCACCUGUUAUUGUCACAACCCAGCCACGUACAAUCGUUAUUACACCUAAUAUGUUUGUCGGAGAUGAAAAUAGGAAAAUUAUAGACAAUGGCGAACUGCCGAAAUAUGCGGUUGGCCUUUUUGAAUCGAAUGGACCUGGACCUAGAAAACGAAAGCGACUCACACAUCUUACCCCAGAAGAAAAAGUCAUGAGAAGAAAAUUGAAAAACAGAGUUGCUGCUCAAACAGCUAGAGACAGAAAGAAGGCCAGAUUAGAAACUCUGGAAGAAACUGUUGCCAAAAUACAUGAACAGACCAAAAAAUUAUUAGAUGUCAAUUCUCAAUUGCUGGAAAGAACCGAAGCCCUUGAAAGAGAAAACGAAGUUCUUCGAGAAAGGCUUGGACUUGACGUCGGCAAUUCGUUCACUCAAGAGAAAAGACGAGAACUGAAUUCAAUCAAACAAGAAUUCAAUGAAAUUGUGUCUGCUCAAAAUAUUUCCAGUCAAAAUACACUACAAGAUUGUUCAGAUGAUGAAAGCUAUUGCAUUCUGACACCUUAUGAGGGCAAUGAUAACUCUGUUGGUAAUCGAAGUCUCAUCGAUGUUUCUCCAUGUGAAGCGAGCAAGUGCAGAUCCCCCGAACCCGCAGCAGGAAGCUGUCAACCCAGCGAAGCUGAUCCGCUUGCAAGCCAAACAGGAGAAUGCAUCGACGAGAUAUCCGUUACCGACUCCGGUAUCACAGAAUCUUCUCAAGGUGAUUCAGAUCUCGCCAAUUUGCUUAAAGAACUUGAAGCCAUCCAACCUGAACAAUGUAGCGUUUUCAACAACUCUGCAGAAGGAAAUGCCAUUGGAUCUACGGAAGCAAUAGUAUCACAUCUUCUCAAUGCAAACAACAAAAUCACAGUUCCUUUAAAUGUAUUUCGUGACCACGGUUACUCAAAAUCAAAUUGCAAUAUUGUUUGGUCUCAAGGUGUAACCUCAGAUGUUGUCGUUCCCGUCGCUGAAUCUUCAAUCAUAAACAACAACGUUCAAGAACAGUCAUCUAUCGAUUCAAAUAAGUCAAUCGCCCUUGUUGAGGAGCCACAAAACUGCAUGCAGCAGCAGUCAGAAUUAAAAGUUCCUUGUGAACAUCUGAACUCUAUAAUAGAGUCCCCAUGCACCAAUAAUGCCAAAGAAGGAAAUGAACCACAAACAAUGGAUUUAAGUAAUAUUGAUUCAGUUUUUGAUAACUGGUUUACAAACUUAUCAGAGUCCGCUGAAAAUUCUGAAUCGGAGUCCGUAGACAGUGGAGUGUCUUCAUGUGAAUCGCCUAUGUCUGCAUCGUUUUUAGACACGCCAUCUCCACUCUCAGUCUCCGGUGUUGACCCAUUCGAUGCAGCUAUGGAUUGUAAUUUCUGGGAUGAUCAGUUAGCGACUGAUCUUUUCCCGCAGUUGGUUUUGUAGAUCAAAUUUUCUUACCUUGUUGGCUUGACUUGGGUGCAAUAUUUAUUGGGGAGACUAUAAUUCACUUGAAACCUUAAACUUUCUGCUGUAGUUUAUCAUCAUUGUAUAUAGUGCGUGCAUUUUUUGGGCUUCUCAAUAAAGAGAUCUAUUGUUAAGUU